AUGCGAAAAUGGAGUAGCAAUAGUCCCACUGUGCUCUCCCAAAUUCCGGAAUCGCUUCGGGACGCUCGAACAGAACUCGAUAUCAGCCAAUCUGACUCGGUGAAAGCUCUUGGACUUCUUUGGCACCCACAGUCAGAUGAAUUUAGCUUCAACGUUCCCGAUCUCACGUCUUCUGAGCCAAUCACAAAGCGUUUGGUUCUUUCUGAGAUGUCACGCCUUUUCGACCCGAUGGGAUUAGUCGGGGCAUCUAUCGUUGGUGUAAAAAUAUUUUUGCAAGCACUGUGGUUCGAAAACUUUAACUGGGACGACGUUUUGCCGGAGAAAUAUCAAGAGUGGUGGAUCCAGUUCCGCAACGAGAUUGCAACGCUAUCUUCGCUUCGAAUUCCACGUCGCAUUCUCAUCGAAGACUAUCGAGCCGCAGAAUUUCACGUCUUUUCAGAAGCUUCCGAACAUGCGUACGGCUGCUGCAUGUACGUCAAAUCUAUAAGCUCUACUGGGGAACAGCAAUGCAACCUGGUGAUAGCGAAAUCGCGUAUCAGUCCACUUCGUAAUUUGUCUAUUCCUCGUCUCGAAUUGUGUGCGGCAGUUCUCGGCGCUCAAUUGGCCGAUUUCGUAUUGGAUUCGACGAAGCUGGCUUUCCCGGUUACAUUUUGGACCGAUUCAUCGAUCGUUCUUCAUUGGAUAGCUUCGUCUUCUACGCCGUGGAAGGUGUUCGUUUCGAAUCGGAUUGCCGAAAUUCAUCGGCUGACAGGAGGAAGUAUAAGGCGGCACGUCCCGACGGAGCUGAACCCUGCGGACAAAAUCUCGAGGGGAGUCUCUCCGUCUCUCUUGAAGGAAGAUUCGCUCUGGUGGCAUGGUCCCCCCUACCUUCGGGAAAAUUCGGAUACUUGGCCGGAGAACUGCAUCAAACUAACACCACUACAUAAAGAAGCUCGGAAAACCGAAUCCAAACAGGUCGUUUCAGUCGUAGUCACUCACCAUGAUACGAUUGAUCUCAUAGAACAGCAUUCAUCGCUCUCCCAUCUGCAACGCAAAGUCGCAUGGCUGCGGCGGUUUGCUAAUAACUGCCGCACUAAACCACCGGAAAGGCGCGAAUUUGGUCCACUUUCGCAUAUGGAACUGGAACACGCGCUGAUGGAGCUCGUCAGGCAAACGCAGCAGGUCUAUUUUUCGGCGGAAAUCGAAUUCCUUAAGAAGUACAAGGGGACUAUCCGUAAAGCAUUUUCGUUCAAAUCUCCUCUAAAAACCCUCUACCCGUUCUUAGAUUCGAAUGGGUUGCUGCGCAUUACUGGUCGGCUGCAGCAUCUCGAUAUUUCUUACGAUACCAAACACCCAUUGGUAUUGCCUCAAAAGGCCCACCUGACAACGCUCAUCGUAAGAGCAACGCACCUCCGAAUGUUACAUGCUGGACCACAACUUCUCUUGUCGACGUUGCGCCAGCGCUACUCGCCAGUGCGAGGCCGCGAUCUUGCCAAAAAAGCUGUUCGGGAGUGCAUUACCUGCUUUCGCUGCCGUCCCAGAAAUGUCUGUCAAAUCAUGGGACCAUUACCUGCAGUGCGAGUUACGCCGUCGCACGCGUUCACCCACUGUGGCGUCGAUUAUUGUGGGCCGUUUUCGGUAUCGAUUCCGAAUCGUCGCGGUCCGUCGGUCAAGAUACAUGUCGCGAUUUUCGUAUGUAUGUCGUCGAAAGCGGUACACAUCGACAUGGUGUACAACCUCACGUCCGACGCGUUCGUGAACGCAUUAAAGCGUCUCGUCGGUCGUCGCGGUCGUGUCUCCGAUAUAUACUGCGACAACGCACGAACUUUCGUCGGAGCAAAUCGUAUGCUCGAAGAGAAUCGGAAGCAAUUCGACGCGAUGCACCGAUCGCGUGAACUGCACUCGUUUUGUGCGGAAGCUGGAAUCACCUUCCACUUUAAUCCAGCCCGUUCACCCCACUGCGGCGGCCUCUGGGAGGCUUCCGUCAAGACCUUCAAGUACCACCUGUACCGUGUCAUGAAGGAUACGGUACUCAACACGGAUGACUUCAACACCCUGAUCAUUCAGAUCGAGGGGAUAAUGAACUCUCGCCCACUAUGUCCGAUGUCGUCGGACCCCGGAGACGUCGUUGCCUUGACGCCAGGGCACUUGCUCGUGGGAGAACCACUUUGCUCUCUCCCCGAGCCCGAUUUAUGCAAUACUCCCAUUAAUCGUCUCAAUUCAUUCCAGAAAAUGCAACGAAGCCUCCAGCAUUUCUGGAAAGCUUGGUCGCGAGAUUACGUGGCUCAAUUACAGGACCGCAAGAAGUGGCCAACUGUCCAUCCGGACAUCGAGGUAGGAACGUUGAUACUCCUUAAAGAUGAUAACGCACCUCCGAUGCGCUGGAAUCUCGGUCGGAUCGAAGAGGUAUUCCCCGGUAAGGAUGGACACGUUCGUGUAGUUCAGGUUCGAACUGCACACGGGAGCUACCGACGAGCAAUCACCGAAGUGUUUCCACUUCCCAUCGAGGAUCCCUCCUCCCAGCAGCCUACCACCCACUGA